AUGGGAUCGAUUCAAGUUAUAUUUGGUAAGGUCGCCCAAUCAUGGUUUUCCAGAUUCUAUCUUGUUGGAGAAAUUCUACAUGGUUUAGAUGCUAUGAACCAAUCUAUAGCCAAGAAUGCAGCUGAUGGAUCUUUUAUGGAUAAGACAUUUGCAAGGAUCACACAAAUCCUUAACAAAAUGGCGAAACAUAAUCAAGCUUGGCACUCAGAGGACAUCACAAGUGAAAUUGCAUAUGGUUCUCCCUCCUUGGCCAACAUGAUUAAGGAGAAUCAAGAAAGAGAUCAAGUAAUUGCAGGGCUUCCCACCAUUGUCAAUGUGUUGACAAAAAAAAUCACUGAACGCCAAACGAAGAAGGUAAAUGAAGUGGAAGAUGUUCAACCUCCAUCAAAUGAAGAUUAUGAGGAAGCCAACUAUGUCAACAACUCUCAAGGAGGCUAUCAAAGGCAACAAUACCACUGUGACACAAUUGUGAACCCAAAGGGUAGAGGGAGUGGUCCAACUUCUCAUAUCAUGGCAAUUACUACUCGGAGUGGGAAGAUACUACAAGGAGAGAGUGAACAAAUGGUUGAAGUGGAAGAGUCCGAGCAAGCGGUUGAGGAACACAUUGAAGAGAAAAUUGUUGUUGAAGAUAAAGAGAUUCCGGAAGAGUUGAAAGUUCAAGAAGUAAAAUGGGAAGAGGUAGAGGAAAAGGUAAAAGAGGAACCAAAAACUCUACCACCUAUUCCUAGACGUCCUCCUCCUUUCUCUCAAAGACUUGCUAGGAAGGUUGAUGACAUCAAACUUGACAAGUUCUAUGACAUUCUCAAGCAGUUAUCGAGAACCGCCAAGAAUGAAGUGGUAAAUGUGACUCACUGGAUUAGUUCCAUCAUUGCUACAACUACCGUUCAAAACAAAGAAGACCCGGGAGCUUUCACCAUUCCAUGCACUAUUGGAGCGCGUGAUUUUGCAAGAGCUCUUUGUGAUAAUGGGGAUAGCAUCAACUUAAUUCCUCUUGCUAUUUACAAGAAAGCGGGGUUAGGUAUGCCGAGGCUUACAAGUAUGAGGUUGCAAAUGACCGAUCGUUCCAUAAAGAGACCGGUGGGAAUUGUCGAUGAUGUGCUUGUGAAAGUGGGAGUGUUCCAUCUACCUACCGGUUUCGUAAUCAUUGAUUGUGCUGUUGACAAAGAGAUCCCUAUCAUCUAG